CCCAUCAUCGCCGUCAGCCAGGCGCCUCUGAUUCCAUCAACCAUUCAUCCCGACUUCAUCCUCGCCUUCCACAUCCACAAGUUCCAUGCAUUUCACCAUAGGAUCGGACUGGGUUUGACUGGGCAUUUCAUUGUGUUCGCUUUAUCAUCGCUCUCCGCAAACGGCCGCUUCGACCACGUGCCGGCCCUUCAGACAGGAGUCCUGGAAGGGUUUAAAAUCAUCGUGACGGAGACUGUCUCCCUGCAAUCAGCACUUCUUGUAAAGUGAAAAGAAAGGAAUUUUCCCUGUCAAGAGCUGGCAUCAUAUUCAGGAAAGUGGGACUUUUUGCGUGUCAUUGUCGCGAGUGGCAGAUCUGCGUUGGCAGUGCAGUGCAAGAACGACUGGUGAAGGGAACAGGCUCGCCUGAGUUGGACCUCAGUUCUCUCAAGCUGGACUUAUUAUUCGUUUACUUACAAUAACAUCUCCCUUUUGCCCCCCUGUCGCUUUUGACUCUGUAUCCCUUGGAAUCUAUCUACGCCAAAAGUUACCGCACCCUCAACCUGUUGCUCACCUUCAGCUUCAUACGACAAGCACACACACACUUCCUACUCCGCUGGUCCUGAGCCGCUGCCAGGCGUUGCCACCAUGGCCUCUUACGUAUAUUUCAAGUUCAAAUCACAAAAAGAACCUCAGCGUGUAACCAUCGAUGGCCCUCAUACCGAUGUCUGGAACCUGAAACGUGAAAUCAUCAACAUUUCGCGGCUAGGCGAUGGCACAGACUUUGACCUGAAGAUCUACAAGGAGAACAGCAAUGAAGAAUAUACGGAUGAUACCGAGAUAAUUCCUAAAGAUUCGACUGUCCUCGCCCGAAGAUUACCUGCCUCAGCGCCCGGGAAAGGGCGUGCUGCUCGUUAUGUGUCUGGCAAGCCCCCAGUCAGUGCAAAGCCCACGACCUCAAGUAUCGCGAGCAAGCCUCGCAAGACGGUGGAUAUGGCCAAGGCAAUGACGGAACAAGAGAAGCUGCAAGCUAUGCUUCAAUUCACCGAUGCGCAGUGGCAGCAAAAGCAAGAGGAAAUGUCACACGAGACCCGUGUCCCGAUGCAGGGAAAACCGUUCAAUAAAAAAACCAAUAUUCCCGAGGGCGAACCUCCCCACGGCUACAUCUGUUAUCGCUGUGGCAAAAAAGGGCACUGGAUUCAGGCCUGUCCCACCAAUGACGACGCUUCCUACGACAACAAGAACCGGAUCAAACGGACAACUGGAAUUCCUCGGUCGAUGCUGAAGAAGAUCGACCAAGCAGAUAUUGACAAGCUCGACGAUGCUCAAAGACAAAAUCUUAUGGUGAACGCCGAGGGAGAGUACGUCUUUGCGCAAGCGGAUGAGAAGGCAUGGAGAAAACACCUGGAACAGGUCAAGGCUGCCGAAGCGGCCCAGAAGAAAGAGCAAAUUGGCGACAAGGAGCUGCAAGAUCGAGGCUUGGAAUGCUCGAUCGACAAGCGCUUGUUUGUAGACCCAAUGAAGACACCUUGUUGUGGGAAGACAUAUUGUCACGUUUGUAUCGAAAAUGCAUUACUUGAAAACGAUCUCACAUGCCCUGGCUGUGAGACCGAGAAUAUCAGCCUCGAGCGUCUUGAGCCAGACGAGGACAUGAAGAAGAAAAUCAAAGAGUAUGAAGCAGAAAAGGCUGCUGAGAAGCAACGGUCUAGAAGUCCCACGGUGGGUGUCGAUUCACCAAAGGCCAAAGACACUCCACGUUCACGUCCAGAGUCUCGAGAUGGCUCUGCAACGCCUCAGUCAGCCACUGGCUCGGCGAGAAAGCGCAGUGCCAGUGAAGUCGACGGAGCAACACCUUCAGGUAGCCUUGCAGCACCAGCCAUGAAGCGACAGAAGUCUGGAGACGCAGUGUCGUCCACACCAAAGGCGGCCGAUGCAGAGGUCAACGCCACCAAGGAGAAGACGGAGACUCCGGAGAGUAAUAGCGUGCUGCCUACGGACAUGAUGCCACCCGACUUGUCUCAAAUGCAAUCGAGCAACAACAUGACCUUGCCCAUGAUGCCUGGCUUCAACCCGAUGAUGAUGAAUCCGAUGAUGAUGGGGAUGGGCAUGCCGGGCAUGAGUGGAAUGAAUGGAAUGAAUGGAAUGAAUGGAAUGAACGGCAUGAACCCGAUGAAUUUCAUGAACCCCAUGAUGAUGAAUGGCAUGAAUGGCAUGACUCCGGAGAAUAUGGGUAACAUGAACAUGGGCAUGGGCAUGAACUUCGCCAAUCCAGGUCAAAUGCCCAACUGGAACAUGAAUAUGAACAUGAACAUGAACCAGAACCAGAAUCCCAACACCAACUUGAGCCAGAACCGGCCCAACAACUUCCAAUACAACAACAAUCGCCCCAAUCGCAACCCAAACUUCAACCAGCAGUCCAAACCAUCGCCACCCCAACAGCCGGCUGGAAUGACAGGAGUUCCCACCGGUCCCAAGGCACUGAUGAACCAGAACCAGAGCCAAAGCCAGAGCCAGGGUUUCUAUCCGCCGUCUGGCCCAGCAGGCAAUAGGUUUUCCAAUCAACAACGGCAUGUAGGAAAUGAAGAAGACAAUGCGUAUAUGCGGCAGCCUGUCAAUCCGCACCGGCACAUCAACCGGAACCGCAAGCCUCGACAGGCAGACUAUAGGGAAUUAUGAAGUCAAAUACCGGAAAACAAUAAGCUACGACGAUUCUCAAAAGUGAAUGAAACGUGCCUGAGUUGAAGGACUCGACAUAUUCGUCCCUUCAUUGAGGGUGGCGUUUGUACACAGAGAUUUGGUAUUGACUCAAACCUGGGCUACGGCUUCGAAGAGUAAAGGGUCCCAUCUUUGAGGACGCCAUUCGAUUGAUGGCCUUGAGGGGGGGACAGGUUCAAUCGUCAAGACGGCGGUAUGAGUGACAAUCAUUGUGUUUUCUGUCGGCUUACUUCGUCCGAAGUCAGCAUCAUCAACGGAGUGUAUAUCAGUGGCAUAUGGCGGCUGAUCAGCCUUGCCUUCAUUCUAUGGCAACGAGGCGAGCACUUGCACAUAGCCAAAUAGUUCUAAGAGAAUCCAACUCGCC